UUCAAGUAAAAAAUAUGGCCUUUUAUUUACUACCAACAAAAUCUCUUUUUCAACCACGAAUCAUUUCCAAAGUUUUUACUAAAUGCAUUGGCCCAGCGAUCGGAUCAAAUCUGCUACAUCGAGCAAUCAGUACCACCAACCCCAUCUCGCCAGAGUUUGGGUUCAUGUUUGAUAUAGAUGGUGUCAUUGUUCGAGGGACCGAGGUACUGCCAGCAGCCAUAGAAUCCUUCAAGAAAUUAGUAGACUCUUAUGGAAAGUUUAGAGUCCCUGUGAUAUUUGUUACCAAUGCGGGAAAUAAUCUAAGAUGCCAGAAAGCACAGAAACUAACCGAUUUGUUGGGAGUUAAGAUCUCACAGGAACAAGUAGUUAUGGCACAUAGCCCAUUAAAAAUGUUCAAGCUGUUUCAUGACAAGAGAGUCUUAGUUUCAGGACAAGGUCCAAUCCGAGAGAUCUCCAAGAAUCUUGGUUUCACAAAUGUUUGCACAGUGGAAGAUAUUCGCAAAGCUUUUCCUGUUCUUGAUGUUGUUGACCAGAAAAAACGAGAAAAUAUGUCAAGGAAAAUCGACGAGAAAUUCCCGCAUAUCGAAGCUGUUGUUCUAAUGCAGGAACCAGCUGAAUGGGAUUCUGCGUUGCAACUAAUCAUUGACGUUCUAAUGACGAAUGGGAAAUUAUUAAACCCACCCGCGAAACUGCCAUAUCCCCAUAUUCCCCUACUAGCUUGCAAUAUGGACCUACAGUGGAUGGCAGAGGCCUGGAUGCCAAGAUUUGGUCAUGGAGCAUUUCUGGUAUGUCUGGAAGAACUGUACAAGAAGAUUACCGGAAGAGAUAUGAUAUAUACUGCUUUGAUUGGCAAACCCAGUGAACUGACUAUGCAUCACGCUGACAAUAUGUGUCAACUGCAUGCACGGUCAUUAGGAGUGCAAAGUUCCGUAAAGAGAAUUUACUUUGUAGGAGAUAAUUUGAAUACCGAUAUUUUUGGUGCUAAUUUGUAUCAUCGCUAUUUAACGCGCCAGCGUUCUGGUCGCUCAGUUGCCGGUAUUGCAGCCGCUAUAACCGGUCGCGGUGCCCAAACUUGUGAAUUAGAAAUGGAAAAAGAGGAUGUCAACGUUUCGGCCGAAGAGUGUCAUAGUAUUCUAGUCCAGACUGGUGUUUACAAUGCCUCUUCUGAUACUUUUUCCAAUCAUUCACCGAGAGAUUUUUUACCUAUUGAGGGGGGUUUGAGAGAGCCUGCAUUCUGUGUGCCUGAUGUUUUACGAGCCGUUGAACUUGUCUUUCAGCAAGAAAAAUUUUACUGAGCAUGCCUCUUCUGAGGGUAGGUUGUGAAUUUCUAGUGCAUCGUUACCAUAUAAAUUUUCUUUAAGACGCGGAUUUCAAUUGUUGAGACAAAAUGAUUCCCUUUGUUAAAACGACAAAUAAUCAGUGCAAAACAUAUUGCAUCCAAGGAACCCUUAGGUAAUAUUUAUUCCUGUUUGGCACUACUUUUUCCCCUUGAUGAUAAAUAGCAUAAUAGAAGUGUACAGUUUGUUUUGCCUUUUUCCAUCAAUGCAUUUUACCAUUUCAGUUUGGUUGUCAAGACUUUAACCCAGUGAAUUUGCUUUACAAUGUGCAUUCUUUCAGUUGACAUCUUCAGUUCUUGUAAACUAUUGGAAUCCUCUUAUUUAUGAAAAUGUUGAUAGAACUAAUAAUGUACUACAGUUUUCAUGUUCUCCAAAAAAGCGCGGAUAUGCCACCUCUCAUGACGAAAUAAAUUUUCGUAAUCUAAUAA